CCAUCUUGGCUUUGCCAGAGCUUCACUUGCGGCCUCGAACUCUUCUUCCUCUGACACCGAACUUCGAAACUCCCCACCUAGACCACUUACAAGUUCACAAAACAAGGACACAACCCCAACGCUCGACAGCCGAGACCUCGACGUUGGACAUCCACCACAGCCAUAACCCGGCCAAAGAAAUAUACAUAUCCCAACCGCAGACAGACCCAGACCCAGACCCAGACCGACCAGCCAAGAUGACCCGCGGCGACGUCAACCACAUCAAGGUGCACUACAAGGGCGACGACGAGGACUUCGUCGUGUUCCUGGACAGCGUCGACGACUACCGGCGGUGGUGCGAGGACAAGUCGGUGCCGCUGGCCCAGGUCGUUUCGUCCUUCAAGGUGUUCACCACGCACCGGCACGGCGCCCAGGGCCUGCUCGAGGGCGCGUCGAAAGCGAUGCUCGAGAACGAGUUCGGCACGUCCAAGGAAGACGAGGCGGUGCGCAAGAUCCUCGAGAGGGGCAGCCUGCAGGAGUUCGAGAUGAGUGAACGUCAGGGCCGUAAGAACGACUCCAACGGCUCGUACCUCAAUACCCGCUAAGCGCCUUGUACCAUCGUCGUCCAUUCUUCUGCAGCCCCACUCCCUGCAGCCGUUUGUCUUGCUGUGUGUCGAGGGAUUGCGGAGGAGAAAGCGGUGGGAGGCGGACCUGGCGUUCAGGGGGAGCGACAUCGGGGUGUUGCGUGCAGCUGGGGCUUCGGUACGAGAGGGUCAAGACCGUCGAUACCGCGAGCUGGAGCUAGAGAAGUGAGGCAGCGAGAAUAUCACGACAUAUCCAGCUUCUACAAUGCAAUCGCCUAUAAGAAUACCCUCUACAAUUGGGAUCCCGACGGUGCUGGGUCGAACGUGAGCGACUAAGCCAAUCUAUGAGAUUGCGAGAGGAGGAGUCAAAGUAGAUCCCGACGAGAGAAGAAGGGACUUGGUGGAAAACAAGCAACUCGAAGUAAAGCCUGGGAACAAGACAAC